CUCCUGGCUUUUAAUUUAAUCUGGAAUUUGGUUCAGAGUGAUCAUUAUUCAAAUAGAAUUGAACGAACAAUUUUUUCGCGGCUUGAAAAGAUUUGUUCAGCCGCGUUUAUUUUGAAGCGACUGCAUUUGAUGAGUGAAAACAAUUUCUUUUACACGCUCUGAAGAGUUUGAAAAAAAGCACUGGUGGAUAUCUUUUGCGUCUUGUUUUUUUUGUUCCCCUUCUUACUUUUUCUGCUUCAGUUUUUUUGUAUAUCCUUUCAGUGUUAUUCACCUAAUUUACCAUAUUUCAACGCAUAACUCAAGUCUGCGCCCAUUGCAGGUCUAUUAUUCGAUCCCGAAUUUUAUUUAAAACCUUACUAUAAUAUCUCAGGUACACAUACUCAGCAGCGAGAAAGUUGAAAUUAUUUUUAUCAGUUGUUUUCCUGUAAAAUAGUUCAACCAAAUUAAUCUACUAUCUUCAAAUCAAGGCACCAGACAUUGAAAAAUCCUAUUAUAAUCAAAGUCUGUCAAUUUAAAAAUCAUGGAAGUAGUGUUCAAAAAAUAUGCCUGGAAGCUGUGUUUUUUCUACUGGCCCGCUGACCAAUUUUUAUUAAUAUUAAUGUGAUUGAGAUAAACAUGAAAAAACAUCUGGUUUUGUUUACAUGUGGCUUAUAGAAGAAAACACAAUUUGAAUUUAAGCGGCGGCUCUCUACUGCAAAUUUUUGCAUUUUUGAAAGCAUCACAGCAACAAAAAGCUCUUUGAAAAUUAUCAGCGUGAACUUUCAUGGCUUAUAUCCAGACAACGCAAGAUGAAAAAACGUGUCAUCGUGUUACAGCUCUUCUAAAUGAUAAGUGUGAACUCUCAGCAACCGAACUGCUUUGACAGAAACACCUAAAAGGAAGUCAGCGAUGCCUGAACAAAUUUCACUUCGUCAAGUUAUCAUAGCGCUUUUUCACACGACUUCCCUUUUCGCCUAUGCCUGGGCUCUUUACAUUGAGAUAUUCCACUUCGCCUAUCAUUAUUACAACUUCGCAUUCAAAUUCGCGACUGUUUGGUUCAAUCUGUUUUGUGUAGUUUACCAUCUGUUUGCCUCGCUCAAAGCAGCCCUGGAAAAUGGCAACAGUUCAGUGAAGAUCCACGCUACACUUGUGAAACUGCUCACCAUUCUGGAAAGUCGCAUGUUCACAUGUAUUAUAUUUCCCCAAGCACCUCUGAUCUGUCUGGCAUUCUGGGGGUGUUUUCUGCUGGACCCUGCAGCUGCAGUGCCUCUACACGUGCAGAAAGAUAAAUACUGGAUCUACGCUACGCAUCUACAGCACACAUUCAUAGUACUAACUAUGCUGUUUGACUUCUUAGUAAAGGAGCACGAGUACUGCAGCAGUAAAUUGCAGGGUAUCCGGACCAUGCUUGUAUUUACAAUCGGAUACAACAUCCUCCUCACUAUCCGAGGCAUUGUGUACAAUGACUGGACCUACUCGUUCGUUCAGCAGAUGGACGGGCUACAGAUCAUAGCUAUGAUUAUAGUGGGAAACUUGCUCUUGUCGGCCAACUACUGUUUCGGCCACUUCCUCCACUCCAUAAAAUCCCAGUGGAUGAAACACUUCGUCGCUUCCAUCCCAGACCACAACUCCUAUUGCGUCGCCAAACCAACACAAGCCCAGAAACAGAAACUGUCAUGAACAAUGACAAAAAAAUUUGCUAGUAACGUUUCAACUACAACCUUCACUCACAUGGUAUUCAUUGUUAAAUCAAAGCUGUGCUUUCGAAACUUUAACAGAAACUUGAAAUUUGAUGAUGUAUUCAUUUUUGUAUAUGUGCGCUUAUUUGAAUUGAAUUAAUUCUCGAAAAUAG